AUGGUUUUUGCUGAUAGAGAAUUGUUCAAGGUCUUCGAUGCAAUUGGUGAAUAUCGUACAACUCCACAUCCGUACAAAAUUGGUUUCUAUCCAACCACUUUUGUUGGAAAAGCUUUAGAUUUUCCAAGUGAAGUUCCUGAAAAGAAUUUUGCGGAUUUUACCGACAUUCUGGAAGGAAAGAUUGAUAGCAGCUGCUUAGUUGACAUUAUUGGACAAAUAGUCAACUUUGGGUCGCUGGAAAACAAAAGCAUUAAAGGCAAAGAUAACAUGAGGCUUUUGAUCGAGCUACGUGACCAUAGUAAUGUCAAGAUGAUGUGUACUCUGUGGGGUGGUUAUGCUAAACAAGUAUACGACUACAGCGUUUACUCCAUAUCUAGCGGGUUUAAUUCCACCCACAUUUUGCUAAACCCAACAUGUUCAUUGGUUGAUGAGUUUAAAUUGUGUCUUCCUGAUGAUUCACUUGCUAUUACAAACAAGGAUAGUAGCCAAUGGAGUGUUGCUAGUGCUACAUCUGUCCGUGCCCGGUUUUUUGUUCUUAAUGAGAGGCUAACAAUAAGAGAUAUCGUUGACAGUACUCUGGUUGGGACUUUUGUCACCUUGGGGACUAUUGAAAACAUAGAUACUGAGCGUGGUUGGCAAUAUCUAAGUUGCAAAUAUCACAACAAAAAAGUUAUGCCUACAACCAAUGUUGAUGAUGAGAACCGUCCCUUGUUCUACUGCAAUACAUGUGAUAAAGAACACAUUGAUGUCAUUCCGAGGUUUAAAUUAAUUGUCCACGUUAAUGACGAUACCGGUGAGGCAAACUUUCUUUUGUUUGAUGGCAAUGCUCAAGUGCUUGUGCGUCGUUCUGCCGCUGAACUCUAUGAUGAGAAUCUAGAUGAAGAUUUGUUACCAGAAGCUGUUACCGACCUUUUUGGCAAGAGAAUCCUUUUUGAGGUUUCAGUUGAUGCUGAUAACAUCAAAGGAAAGAGCUCUCAGUAUGUUGUUCGAAUUGCUACUGCUGACCGUGAACUGAUUGAGGAAUUUGCUGCUUUGCCAGUUAAACAGGUCCUAAUGCUACAGUCUUCAGAUGAUAUUUCUUCUGGUUCAGGUGGUUUAUCAGGAACUCCAUUGUCUAAAAGAAAAAGCCAAGAUGAACAACAGAGUAGCCUAGAGGAUCAACAUUCCGUGAACAAGAAACUUUUUCUAAAGAAAGUCAAGGGAGAGUAA